AUGGCAGAUUCCGCCGGUGCUUCUCCCGCCAUAACCCGCAGCAAGGCUGCAGCGAAAGAGGCGCUCGGGUCGACUGACCCCGUCGACGCCAGCGUCCCGCUUGCCGCCGUGGGGGAGGUAUUGGCCGACAAGGAUCGGCAGAUCGCUGCGCAAGCGCAGGAACUGCUGGACCAACGUCGGCUGAUAACCGACCUUUGCGGCGCAAACGACACGCCGAAACGGACUACAUUGCACAUCACGCUGCACUCGCCUGCUACUGGUGACUCCUGCACGACCGUCCCGCUGUCGCUGCUGACUCCAGUGGCGGAAUCAGCGGCGGCGGACGAGGACACAGAACAGCACUACACCGGGCCCUGGCAGUGCUCGACCAAGACUACUUCUCCUCGGGCUACCGCUCUUACAUCGUAUUUGCACUUGAAGAAAAUGUGGAGCAAGAAGCUUAUGUUCUUGGCAAUGGCGACCAUCUUGGCCGGAGGGACCUCUUCGGCUGCUCCGCUGGCCAAGCAGGAAGACACUAAGCAGGGCUUCCAGUACAUGCCAGUCAACCCCUGGGGUACACUGUACCCUGGUAUGAACUACGGCGCCGGGCCUGCCCUCCCACCUCCAGGCUACCCCAACUACCAGGGAUAUGGUGCUGGCAGCUACAUGCGCCCAGGAGGCGUGGGCUUCCCUCUGCCCUACCAGUAUUUCCAGUAUUCUUCACCAGGGAUGUACUCUAUGGAAAACAAAAGACCGAAGGAGCAGUAGCUCCCGUCACUGUCCAUCACCAAAUAUCGUUGGGUCGUUUCGUUCUAACCCUCACCUUAAGCAUUCUUUUCAUUCUAGAUCUAAUUAUAGUAUCACUAACUGCACAAAGUUAUCGCCACAUUAGCUACCCAUUAGAUAUCUUACAUACCAACAAAUAGUUUGUCAGUUGUGUCUUUUAAGAUUUAUUUGGAAUUAACUUAUGUCAUCCUAAUUUCAAGUUGUUACAGCCUGUCUGUAUAUACGUACAAAUAAGUGGCAGCCAUAGUUUGAAAAACGGUGUUAUGGCUUGGUACAAAGAUUCAUCCAUUUGUAUUUAGUCACAUGCACUCAAAAUUGCUGAAUUAACAUCGAUCCAUACGUUUUGAAUUAACGACCAAAUUUUCAAUAUAUUUCUUCCGGUAAUAACACUGGAGACACAUUAGUUGUAAGAAUGUUUUAAUAGGACAACUACAAAAGUCUUAUAUUUUGAGCACUUUCAACCUUUCUGUAGACUUAAGACUGAUAAUUUUUAAUUUAAUUUAAUUUGCUAAAACAAUGUACAAAAUUCUAUUUUUUACCAUUUUUUUAUGUAUGUAGGAAUUUACAAAUAAAUAUUUUAGC